CUCUCAAAGUGACCCUUGACUCGAUGGGAGACUGCCAGAUGGCUUGACUCCACAAGUGGCUGCUGUUGAUAGCAAGUGUCUCCUCCAGAUCAAUGCUGGGUCUCUCUACACAGCCGCAUCGCUUGUAAACAGUUACACCAGCGUUGCCGUACAGUGCAGAAGGGGAGGCAACCUGUGUCAUCAGCAGUGCAGCAGGGCUGCAAACCUUGUAACGCGUGAAUUGUUUUCGUUGAAGGCAGUGAUCAUAAACAAGGCCGUGUUACGCAGGGGUGUGUGCAUUAUUGGGGAGUGCAAAGCCAGACAAACGCCGCAGUAGUACUCUAAGUACAAGCAGAUCCACUGCGAUCCAUGGCAAAGGAAGUAUUCAUCACUAAUUCAGCGCAUUCUACCUACUAGGUUCUACGUAGCGUCAUAUAAGACAAUUAGCACAACUUUUUUUCUUAGAACAACAGAAUUCCCAACAACUCGGGAGUCAGACGGCCAAUCCGUGACAUCUACUCUGGGAUUGGGCAGACCUUGCAGGUGCCUAAUCAGAACACUGCCAAUCGACUUGAGCAAUAUUAUACAUGGAUGUUAUUGGCCACGGCGGCUUCUGUUACGUUUUCUGUUUCAUAUCUGAAACAAGCCAAUUUGCACCAACUGGGGCUAGAUGAUAAGAAGUUAUUUGAGAUUUGGUGUUCACGACUGUUAACAUUGAACGAACAAUGGGUGAAUUUGAAAACAGACAUCGCUUGGUGGUUUUAGGAUCAGGGCGAGUAGGAAAGACAUCUAUCAUUAAAAGGUUCAUGAAACAUUCGUACACAGAAAAAUAUAAGGAAACCGUGGAGGAUUUAUACUGCAAAGAGUACGAUAUCAAUGGCGCCCGGAUAAAAGUUGAUAUUUUGGACACCGCUGGAAAUUUUGCAUUCCCUGCCAUGCGGCGGUUAUCUAUCUCAACGGCACACGCCUUUCUGUUAGUGUAUGCCUAUAAUGACCACGCUUCUUUCGAGGAGGUAAAAACCCUUUGGGAACAAAUAAAGGAGCAACGUCACAAUUUCCAAGAUAUUCCUAUUUGCAUUACUGGAAGUAAAAAUGACAUUCCCGAGAACGAGAGGCAAGUGGGAGAGGAGGAAGUCCAAGAAUGGGUCGAUAGAGAAGCUUUAUUAAAUUAUCACGUUUCCGUGUCUGCCAAAGAAGACAUUGGUAUAUUAGACAUAUUUCAGAAGCUCAUUGAUCAAGCCAAGAUACCGGAAGCGCAGCAUCUGGACUUCAUGCUCAAACAAAGACGCGCCAGUGCCAAUGUGGAACUUGAGAAAGAGGCGGUACCCCCAAAAGACACGUCCCAAUCACCGUCUUUGCUUGCGCCACCUAGUACGGGAGAAAAAGGUAAAGGACGGCGUAGAAGCGUUUUUAAUUUGCCGACGUUCAGUCCCAGUAACAAUGACGAGGAACAAACAGAAAUCAGUGACAAAUUCACGAGAAGCAGAAGCUUGGUAAGAAGAGGUAGCAAACCCAAAAAUAAACAAUCUAAAGACCCUAGAAAAAACGACUGUGUCAUAUGCUAAUGGUCACUGAAUUCUUUAGCCUACACAAGGCAUCAAGACAAUUCAGAUAAUAAACAAACAGGUAUGCCUUUCAAAGGGACCAGAACUAAAGUGUAGCUAAAGAUGAACGACUUUGUCUCACUUGGACAAGAAGUUUGAUAUUAAGCUUCAUAAAAGUUAUUUACACUUACUUAUCUCGACAAUGUCUCAAACACUGCAAAACGCAUGCACGUUAUAGCUCAUUGAAUAACAUAGCGUGUAAGGUGUUCUCAUAUUUUAAUACACACGGCACCAUUGAAAUUGUUGUAAUUAUGCUUUUCAGCACGCAAUAUAGCGCCACGUAUAGGUUGUGACAGCCCACGUUGUCUUUUACAUUUACGCCCUUGUCACAUAUUCACUUUGUACUGAACAAUAAUAAAAAAAUCAUGCGACAAUG